AUGCCUUUUUCAUGGAGAAGAUAUCGCCAAAUCAUCUUGUUGGCUCUGUACUACGUUCGAGCCACCCAAAGCAUGCACCAAAGUUUACUUGAGGAUACGUACGAGUCGGCAGAAAAAAUGAAAGAUUCACUCACAGAUAGUAAAAGCGCAACUCCAGGGAGUGCCACGACCAUCAUUAUAGAACCGACUAUCACCAAAUCUAAUGGGGUAGCUGCAGUGGGCGAUGAUAAUGCAAUCGAAAAAGGAGAACAUAUGUUGUACAAAAGUUCUGUUAGUUCCACACAUGAUCCCGCUGCAGUGGAUUCUUUGCGAAAUGGUGUUCACGUCAAGGCCCCUUCCAGAGAUCAUUUGACUUUGGAUAACGGCCCUCAAGAUGAUGGCUCUCGGCAGGAUGCUUCCAGGGAUGUUAUCCUUAAGGAUGAUUCAGCCAAAGAGCAUGCGAUCGCAACUGAUUCAAUCAAAAAGGAUCCGACAGAAAAGGAGAAGACGGCGGAGAAGAAAAAGGAAAAGAAAGGGGAAAAGAAGAAGGAAAAGGAUGAAGAAUAUGAUGAUCCGUCAGAAGAAAUCCUUCCAGUUGAUCCGGUUCUUGGCUUCAUGCAAAGUCUUAAAACAGUUGAAAAUAACCCGGCUUUGGCACUCAGAAUCCACGAGAUGGCCACGGAUCUUGAGACUAUCAGACGCUACAACGCCAAAAUGAGCAUCUCAGUCUAUGUUAUACUCUGUCUGGCCGCUGCGCUGAGUAUUAUCCAAGCGAAGCAGCAAUCACCCGUGGUCUUUUGUGGGAUUGUCGAAGGACCUCCGAUCACCAGAGACGAUUGUAAAAAGAGCUUGCGCAAGUUCAGUCACAAGGGAGGCUUCAUUUCCUGGAGUGACAGCGACGUCCAAUCUUGCGGAACCUGUAAGAUGUCCAUCACUCAACCCAGUUUACCCAACCAGAUCCAACACACCGCCAGAUAUCAUGAUGUGUUAAUUGCGAUAGACCGAGGCAUGGACAAAUGUGGGGGAAAACCGGCCAACGCGACUUUUGGUACCUCUGAACAUUUUUCGGUGUUAUUGAACCCUGCCGCUGCCAACGGAGAUAAGUGCCUAGGUUACUAG